CCCCCGCACCCGGUGCAUCUCCAGCCGCCUGCGCGUCCCCUCUCCAGCCCGGGUUUUCCUUGCAGCCCGGCCCCAGGCAUGCGGCGGGGACUCGGGCACCCGGGAGGGCCGGGCUCCGCCGCCGGCCGCCUGGAUGGGGAUGGGGAUGGGGAUGGGGAUGCAGAGGCGCCGGCCCCCGCGGCUGCAGCGGAGCCGAGGCCCGGCCGCCAGCAUGACCUGAGCCCGCAUCCCCGGGGAGGAGGAGGAGGAGGAGGAUGCGGGGGCCGCCCCACACCAGCACCAGUGCCAGACCCCCGCCUGGGAUGCGCCCUCACCUGCGGCCCCCCGCCAGCGCCGUCCUGCACUAGCCCCGCAGCCGCCCGGGAAGUUUGAUGGCUUCUUUGCGGCGAGUCAAAGUGCUGCUGGCGCUCAACUUGCUGGCUGUGGCCGGCUUCGUCCUCUUCCUAGCCAAGUGCAGACCCAUCGCCGUGAAGACGGGGGAUUCCUUCCACGAAGUCCACCCCAGGGCCGAGGUGGCCAACUUGACGGCCCACGGUGGCAUCAGCCCUCUCCAGGAUGCGGUCCUGAAAAGGCUCUCGCUUCUGGAAGAUAUCGUCUACCGGCAGCUCAAUGGUUUGUCUAAGUCACUUGGCCUCAUUGAAGGUUAUGGUGGGCGUGGUAAAGGUGGGCUUCCUGCCACCCUUUCCCCUGAGGAGGAGGAGAAAGCAAAGGGACCCCAUGAGAAAUACGGCUAUAAUUCCUACCUCAGUGAGAAAAUUUCACUGGAUCGUUCCAUCCCAGAUUAUCGUCCAACCAA